ACACUCCUGCUACUGGCUGCCAAGAGGCUCAAAAAAUCCACCUUCACUUUUCAGUCAGAAGAGGCAGAAGUGGAUGUGAGCGAAAGAGACACACAGAGAGACAGAGAGCCAAAGAGGGCAAGAGACUUGACGUUAAGAGACUCCUGUACUGACAACUCCAUGCAGUUCGGAACCAGAACGACGGCGGCUGAACCAGGGUUCAUGGGGACAUGGCAGAACGCUGACACUAACCUCUUGUUCAGAAUGUCCCAACAGGUCCCAGUGGCAUGUGCUGGCAGAGUGCUGGGGGCAGAGUUUUGCCCAAACCUGGAGGAACCAGAGCAGAGGCUGGAUGUCCAGGCCAUCCGCUGCACGCUGGUCAACUGCACGUGCGAAUGUUUUCAGCCGGGGAAGAUUAACCUGAGGACUUGCGAUCAAUGUAAACAUGGCUGGGUGGCACACGCCUUGGAUAAACUCAGCACGCAGCACCUGUACCACCCCACCCAGGUGGAGAUCGUGCAGUCCAACGUGGUGUUCGACAUCAGCAGCCUGAUGCUCUAUGGAACGCAGGCGGUGCCCGUGCGGCUCAAGAUCCUGCUGGACCGCCUCUUCAGCGUGCUGAAGCAGGAAGAGGUGCUGCACAUCCUGCACGGCCUGGGCUGGACUCUGCGGGACUAUGUGCGCGGAUACAUCCUUCAGGAUGCUGCCGGCAAGGUGCUGGACCGCUGGGCUAUCAUGUCUCGAGAAGAGGAGAUUAUCACCCUGCAGCAGUUUCUGCGGUUCGGAGAAACCAAAUCCAUAGUGGAGCUGAUGGCAAUUCAGGAGAAAGAAGGGCAGGCGGUGGCGGUACCGUCUUCAAAGACAGACUCCGAUAUCAGGACUUUCAUCGAGAGCAAUAAUCGCACCAGGAGCCCCAGCCUCCUCGCCCACCUGGAGAGCAGCAACCCUUCCAGCAUCCACCACUUCGAAAACAUCCCGAACAGCCUUGCCUUUCUGCUGCCUUUCCAGUACAUCAACCCGGUCUCCGCCCCGCUGCUCGGGCUGCCUCCCAACGGCCUUCUGCUGGAGCAGCCGGGGCUGAGGCUGCGGGAACCAAGCCUUUUAACGCAGAACGACUAUAAUGAGAGCAGUGAGUCCGAAGUGUCUCCCACCCCUUAUAAGAAUGACCAGACACCCAAUAGAAAUGCCCUGACUAGCAUUACAAACGUGGAGCCCAAAACAGAGCCAGCCUGUGUGUCCCCCAUUCAGAAUUCUGUCCCCGUCAGUGACCUAACCAAAACCGAGCACCCCAAAAGCUCAUUUCGGAUUCACCGAAUGAGAAGGAUGGGGUCAGCCUCCAGAAAAGGAAGGGUCUUCUGCAAUGCUUGCGGCAAGACCUUCUAUGACAAAGGCACCCUCAAAAUCCACUACAAUGCUGUUCAUCUGAAGAUCAAGCACCGGUGCACCAUCGAAGGCUGCAACAUGGUCUUCAGCUCCCUGCGGAGCCGGAAUCGCCACAGCGCGAACCCCAACCCUCGCCUUCACAUGCCCAUGCUAAGGAACAACCGAGACAAAGACUUAAUCCGCGCCACGUCGGGGGCCGCCACCCCGGUGAUAGCAAGUACAAAAUCAAGCCUGACCCUCACGAGCCCUGGCCGGCCCCCAAUGGGCUUUAGCACCCCCCCACUCGACCCUGCCUUGCAGAGCCCUCUCCCUAGCCAUUUGGCGUUUUCUGGGCUAAAGACGGUCCAGCCCGUUCCUCCGUUUUAUAGAAGUUUACUCACUCCGGGGGAAAUGGUGAGUCCCCCAACCUCCCUCCCCACCAGCCCCCUCAUUCCACCCAGUGGUCCCAUGGAACCGCACCCACCCCCACCCUCUGAGCCAAUGGUGCCAGCUGUGAUGAUGGCCACCCACGAGCCUGGUGCCGACCUGGCGCCCAAGAAGAAGCCGCGGAAGUCGAGCAUGCCUGUGAAGAUCGAGAAGGAAAUCAUCGACACAGCUGACGAGUUUGACGACGAAGACGACGACCCCACCGACGGUGGAGCCGUGGUCAACGACAGGAGCCACGACAAUCAUUGCCACUCCCAAGAGGAGAUGAGCCCAGGGAUGUCUGUGAAGGACUUUUCUAAGCAUAACAGGACCCGGUGCAUUUCAAGGACUGAAAUUCGAAGGGCCGACAGCAUGACGUCUGAGGACCAGGAGCCUGAGCGGGACUUUGAGAAUGAGUCCGAGUGCUCGGAGCCCAAGCUCGGUGAGGAAUCCAUGGAAGGCGAUGAGCACCUGCACGGCGAAGUGGGCGCCAAGGUCCUGAUGGGCAGCGAGCGGCCCGACAACGGGGACCACAACGAGCCCUCCCACCAGGACGUCAUCAAGGUGAAGGAAGAGUUCGCAGACCCUACCUACGACAUGUUUUACAUGAGCCAGUACGGACUGUACAAUGGUGGCGGGGCCAGCAUGGCCGCCCUGCACGAGAGUUUUGCCUCGUCUCUGAAUUAUGGCAGCCCCCAGAAAUUCUCCCCGGAAGGGGACCUGUGUUCUAGCCCAGACCCCAAAAUCUGUUAUGUGUGCAAGAAGAGCUUCAAAAGCUCCUACAGCGUGAAGCUCCACUACAGGAACGUUCACUUGAAAGAGAUGCACGUCUGCACGGUGGCUGGCUGCAACGCCGCCUUCCCCUCUCGCCGCAGCAGGGACAGACACAGUGCCAACAUAAAUCUGCACCGUAAACUGUUGACCAAAGAACUCGAUGACAUGGGCCUGGACUCGUCGCAGCCCUCCCUUAGCAAGGACCUCCGGGAUGAGUUUCUGGUGAAGAUCUAUGGUGGCCAGCACGCCCUGGGGCUCGACCUCCGGGAAGAGGCCGCCUCGCCCGCCGGGACGGAAGACUCCCACCUGAACGGGUACGGGAGGGGCAUGGCGGACGACUACAUGGUCCUGGAUCUGAGCACCACCUCCAGCCUCCAGUCCAGCGGCAGCAUCCACUCCUCGCGGGAGUCCGACGCGGGCAGUGACGAGGGCAUUCUGCUGGACGACCUGGACGGGGCGAGUGACAGUGGCGAGUCGGCACACAAGGCCGAGGCCCUGGCGCUCCCUGGCAGCCUCGGGGCUGACGUCGCGGGCUCGCUCAUGUUCAACAGCCUGUCGGGGAGCCACGGUGGGAUCGUGUGCAACAUUUGCCACAAAAUGUACAGCAACAAGGGGACCCUCCGGGUGCACUAUAAGACCGUGCAUCUGCGGGAGAUGCACAAGUGCAAGGUCCCUGGAUGCAACAUGAUGUUCUCCUCCGUGCGCAGCCGGAACCGGCACAGCCAGAACCCCAACCUCCACAAGAACCUCCCCUUUGCAUCCGUAGAGUAGUCCCCGGAUGGACACAACCAAUGCCAGCUCUCACCCGAUGGCCUCCGAACCCGAACUGCCAUAGUCAGUGUGUGUGUCUGUGUGUGCGCGCGCACGCCUGUAUGCCUCUGUGUGCACGGGGGACGCGCACAACAUUUCUCUAGCUAAAACGAAAAAGAGAGAAACACUAGGUGCUUUUGAAUUACUUUUUUUACCCCCUUUUUCUUUACCGUUUUGGGGAAGAGGGUUCUUUAAUCUGGGGAUGUGGAAGCAGUACCCUUUACGCACGCACGCACGCACACACGUGGGCCACAGCCCCGGUCUGACACAGCACUCCUUGGGCAUCUCCAGAGAGAGAGUGUGAUUCCCAUGACUGUUGCCUGCAAAAGAAAAGUAAUAAGGGGGUGGGUGGGGACCGGAACAAAAAAAAAAAAAAAAAGGAACUUCUUAGCGUUGUCUUUUGUGAACUUUAAGGUUUUGAGAGAAUCUUCAAUUAAAGCAUGGCAGAUUCACCUGUAAAUAUUAUGCCUUGAGAGGCCAAUGAUGUAAAACAAGUGUAUUGAUGGUUGUUUAACUCGUUUAAUUUUUACAGUUACAUCCAGCUGUUAGAUACACAGGCAAACAAAAAUAGUUUGCUGGCUAGCUCUAUACAUUUAUGUUAGCAUUAAUGCAGUUGUUUUUUGUUUGUUUUGUUUUAUAAAAACAUGGUCUUGUUUUUACUACCUGCUAGAUAGAGUGAUAAAGAGGUGCUGGCAUGCGUUACAGCACAAAUCUGAUUUUUUUUUUAAUGCCCUGUACUAUUACAUAAAUCCAGUCAUGCACUUUUUUUCAUACACUACAAGGGGAUGUGUAAUAUCCAUGCUUCUUUUUUUACCCUUAAACUAUUGCCAUACUUCAGUAAGUGUCUUUUUUAAAAAAAAUCCACUUGUAUAAAAACGGUCUGGUCAGUAUAGGGCACAAAUGCCAAACAAAAGUAUUAGUGUUAACACAAAACUGCCAACUUUGCACAAGUUUCCAGAAAAGAAAAUACAAUUAGUCACUCAACAUAACCACAGGCCAAUUUGUCGGCCACCAGAAAACCGCUUUUUACAAAAAAAGAAAGCAAGCACUCUCGGCGACUCUUUUCAAGCGCCGAAUGUUAUUAGAAUGGACACUGCACCCUUCUUGCUUCUAUGUUACGUUCCAUAAAAGGCAGACCCAGUCAUGUGGCGUGAGAGGGCCAAGGCAUUUAUUCUGUGGAGGCAGGAUAAUCUUUCAGGACACACACAGCCCAGCUGACUCACUUUGGAGCAGAGCUGCAGACAGUUGAGCGCUCAUUUCUACAGACCUGGCCCUUGCCUUCCACAAGGAAAGGAAAGCGCCCUCCACGCUGAGCCGAGGGGUCCCUCGCAGGGCUGUCUGUUGUGUGGCCAGUUCUGCCGUAGUGCUGUGCGUCAGGCCUGUGCGCUAGACAAAAUCAAAAGCCAGUAGCCACAGCAGUCCUGGGAAGCUUUUGCAAACGUGCUGAACUUGAAUUGAGCAACACUCCUCUCUGAAAAGCCCGAAGAAGGGGCGCUUGCAGACCGUGUUCUGGGUUGUGUGUCUGAUGUCAGAGAGGAAGGAGAGCAGCCUGAAAUGAAGCCACUGAGGGGGAGAAGGGGGUGUGGGGGAGGCUGGUCUCCUAUCUUUGUUUUGUUUCUGAUGUUUACACAUGUUGCCUGACCUGGUAAACCACAUCGGUGGCCUCGGUUAACACAACAUACUGACGAAAGGAUGACAUUUACUCCUGUUCAGUCUGCAGCCAAGGCCCUGAAGGGAGCAAGGGGUGUCGGGACAGGCGGCCUGUCAGCUUUCCUUUUUUUUUUCCGGGGAAGAAAAAGUGAGAGAAGACUAUCUCAUCAGUGCACACACGAGUCGUUUAAAGGGAUUGUAUUUCUUUUCUACAUUGAAUGGCCUCAAACAUUUCUCUCCUCCCAUCGCCUAAAGGUUAGGAAUACCCCGCCCCCCACCUCCUUUGUUUUCACAUUUCCAUUUUUUUAAUGUUUUGUCAUUUUUUUCUAUGUUCACAUCAGCAUUCACUUCCGUUAAAUUUGCCAAAGGAAACUGUUAAUAUGUUUCUGUUGUUGUCGUUAUUCCUGUAGGAUUUAUUGUACCUCACAGUAUUUAUUAUUUCCAAAAGGAGAGAAAAGCAUGGCUACUUGGGGGAGUCAGUAUUUUUGUUUGUGAGCAUUUCAGAAACAAGAGGUUUUCAAAGAGAAGCUAGGAAGAAGCUUCAUCUUCUCUGUCGUCUUCCGGGGAUGCUACGGGGUUCAGUUCUUCACUUGUUCUACAGGAAGGAAAGACCAGAAGUAUUUGCAGUACGAAAGAAACUUUGUCCACUAAAUGACAAAUGUUUACGGUCAAAAGCUGAGGAAUUAGUAGUCACCAGUUUUGUUUUCUUGUACUUUUUCAAUUCCCCCAAAGUCUUCAUUGCUUUAUUUUUGGUGUUGUGUUAAAUUGAGUAGACAGAGAUGUGUUCCUUUGUUUUAUACCAUAUACGACUCUGUAUAGUAUGUUUGUGAAAGACCAAACUAGAAUAAUGAAGAGUUUGUUUGCAAACACUC